UUUACAUUUUAAUGAAACAUACAAAUUAUAUAUUCAGAAUCGAUUGUUAUCAAAAUGGGAGAACAGUUCUGCUUGAAAUGGAAUAAUUACAGGUCUAACCUGACUUCAGCGUUUAAAUCACUGCGAGAGGAUGAAGAUUUUGUUGAUGUAACACUCUCCGCUGAUGGGAUAAAUCUCAAGGCUCACAAGGUUGUACUAAGCGCAUGCAGUAAUUACUUCAGGGAUCUGCUGCGGGGAAUCUCUGUUUGGCAGCAUCCUGUUCUUCUUCUUAAAGAUAUUCCUCUUCUUGAUCUUUCAUUGGUUCUAGAAUUUGUAUAUCUGGGAGAAGUGAGUGUAGCACAAACUGAUCUUCCAUCCUUCCUCAAUACUGCCGGGAUUCUCAGGAUUAAAGGAUUAGCAGAGGAUGAAGCCUGAGCCUGGGAAGUGUGUGAAAAUGAAGAAACCAACUCCUGGAAUUGAGAAACCUAAACUAAACAAAUCUGUAGAUAAUCUUCAGAAAACAGGUCUAGGAGAGAAUGGAUUAGAGUUGAAGGAGGAACCUGGAUUAACUCCCGAACCUGAGUAUACGAAUGUACUCCUGGAUUCUGUAAUACAGGGAUUCAACAAUGAACAAGGAUCAGGAUUGUCUGGUGAAUUAGAAGAUACAGAUAAACAGUUGGAGACCCAGCCUGUCACUUGUCAUGUUUGCAGAGCUGUACUUUCGAAUACCAACGCACUGUACUACCACAUGAAUUAUGUACACACACAGAACCUGGAUAUUAUAAGGAACCUUGGUGGUACAGAGACAGCUGUAAAAGAAGAGGCUGAAUAGUUGUAAGAAAUUGCAUCUUCUAAAAUCUCAAUAUUGUUUGUUAAAUUCAAAAAUUUGUUGUUAUUGUUUAAAAACUAUGCCUAACUUUAGACCACCCCGUUUCUAGUCUUAAAGGUACUGUAUGCGUAAUUUUAAGUGACCCUUUAUGCAAAAUGGCAACUUCCGAUUUACAACGCUAUCUUUACAGGGAAUGUCCCUUGAAAUUACGCUUACGUUCCCUCAAUUUAAAAUCUCUAGUGAAUAAUUGAUCUCAGUUAACAGUUAACUUGUUAAAUGUAAACAUUGUAAACAUUCUUAAUGAUCCCAGUGCACGUUAUUAUGUGCCUUGGGCUGCACUUUUCAUAAGUAUCACAUUUGAAAAAAUAGAUUCCUGAUGAUGUACUGUAUUAAUAUUUAUUAUAAAUAAAUAUUGUCACUUGUC